AACAAUAUUAGUAUGAUGCAUAGAAAACACUCACGCAUAGAAAGGAGAAGGCCAAGGGACGACGACGACGACCUCCACUCCCAAAAGCUAAAGCGAAAGAGCAAGCCUGCCUGCCGACCGCAGCUAUAACCACCACUCCUCCAAAAACCCAAGCAGCGAAAAAAAGGAGAGCAGAGGAAGAAGAAGAAGACUCAGAGUCUACAGAGCCCCCAAUUCCCCAUAACAGAGCACGCAGCUGCGAGAAAAGGCUCUGCCUUUUUCUCGCCUUGCCUUUGUGCGCGAGGAAUUAAGCUCUAAUUGCCGGCCGCCAUGGCGCGGCGGGUGCAGCAGCAGCAGCUCGUCGUCUUCUUCUUCUUCUUCUUCGCGGUGGCGGCCAUGGGGGACGACGGCGGCGAGAAGUGCACGGGAGGGUGCGGGAACCCGUGCGGCAUCCCGUGCACAUACUCCAGCCCGCCGCCGCCGGUGCCGGAGCCGGUCUACUACCCGCCGCCACCCGUCUACUCGCCCCCGCCCCCGGCGCCGGUCUACUCCCCCCCGCCGGCGCCAAUCGAGUACCCGCCGCCGACGCCCACCGCCAACUGCCCCCCGCCUCCCUACGGCGGAGGGUACGAGCCCACGCCGACCACCCCUAGCGGAGGGUACAACCCGAGCCCCAGCGGCGGCGGCGGGUAUAAUCCGACGCCGUCCGGGGGGUGGUUCUCGCCGCCCAACAUGCCGUCGUACCUCACCCCGCCGGGCACGCUCUACCCGCAGGACCCUGGCUUCCGCCCCAACGACGCACCUGGAUCACGCGGCCGCCUCUCAUGGCGCGCGGCGGCUUUGGCGGCCAUGGCCGGAGUCCUGCUGCUGGCUUCGUGAUCCAUCGACCGAUCGACGAACCUCGUGUUAAUUGGCCGGCCGGGAGCGAGCUAGCUGCUGCACCGAUUGAUGGAGCCAUGGCGAAACCGGUAAAAUUCAAGCCCAGCGGGUGUGCAUGGGCGUCUCGGUUAAUUCCCUUCAUUCCUGUGUGUUCAUAAUAAAGUUUUAGACAAGUAAAGCGUCGGGUAAGAAUAAUUAUCUUUCACUAUUUUUUGAGGGAGUCUAUUAAUUCGUGCUGUUCAUGUUCAUGUGGCGAAUUUAAUCAUGUCUUGUCGUGUAAGUAAGUUGUCUUUAAUUUACUUUGGUCAUAGGAAGAAGAAGAAAAUUGUUCAUCAGACUAUUAUACAUACAUAUGGUAUGUCUCUGAUUAAUCAGACUCCAGUUUACAUGUUUCCA